AUGCUAUCGAUCAUGAAUCUCGAUCUUCCUACCGUUGCCGAACUCAAGCAAGCCGCCGAGUCAGGGCAGCGUAUUACUGCGCAAGAUGUUUCGGCAAUCUCGCAGGUUGAGAACCGGUUAACUGGACGCGGGCCGGUCCGGGGUGGACCAGCAGGUGUGUGUUUCUUGAUAUUUGCUGAGAUGUUUUCUCCUGGAUGGGUGCUGAUUGAGAAACUAGCGACGGCACAGAGUAUCGCUAUGAAGCAGAUGAACUUUGAUAGUACAAUCGAGGAAGUAUCCCGCAAGCCACAGAGCCUCAUUACCCAGGAUGACGCCCGAGUUGUCCAAUCAACAGAGGGCCGCGCCUUCAACAAACCACCAGGCAUCGGAUCAAUUUCUGCACAAGUGCGCUCCAUUGCCAAUCGCAACGAUUACUAUAACGUUCCCGCGGUUCCAACCGAGGCACCGGCGUAUAUAACCAAGGAGGAUGCUCGGGAGGCGCAGCUGGUAGAGAGUCAGUGGAAGAUGGGACCUUUUGGACCGACAAGGAUCGUAUUACUGACGGAGACUGUGCAGAGUGCUGCUGAUAAACUUGAGCAUCUUCGGCAGACGAGUCCGUAG